CAAUCUUGGAGUUUCACUUCACUUAUGGGCUAAGACAAGUUAAAAGUAUUGCAAUUUUUUGAUCUUAAUAAAGUUUUACCACCAAUACGUGCAAAUGUAAUAAGAAAUUUAUGGAAUGGAUUUUUUGACCUAUAUACUGCCAUACGGGAUCCAAACACUGAUCCUAAAAUAUUUAAAAGAGAUGCAAAAAUGUGGUUAAAAAUUUUUCUUACACCUUCUACUGGAAUACCUAAUAGUGACAAUUUUGUCCAAGGUUUAUAUAGACCAAACGAUGUCACUCCUUACAUGCACGUUCUUGUUUUUCACAUUCACGAAUUUAUUGAAAAACAUAAAAAGUGGGGAUUGAAAUCUUUCUCAUGUGCACCAGUUGAGAAUAAAAACCAUCAACAAGUAACUCAGUUUUUUCGCAAAACUUUAAGAGAUGGAGCGAAUUUUAGCAAAUUUAAAAAAAUUAGAGAAUUUUGGUGUUUAGAAACUAAUGAAAAAAGUGCUAGAGUCCAGGACUUUAGGUAG